AUGAAUAUCGAAGUCAUAUUGGCCUUUGCGGCUGCCGCGCUUCUCUUUCACACUGCAAUUUUGAUACUGCAGUGGCUACGAUCUCCCUUGAGGUCUAUACCAGGGCCUCUCUUAGCGCAUUUUACAGACGUUUGGUACUUCUUACGGCUCAAACAGGGCAGUUUUGAAAAAGUCAAUCUGUCUCUGCAUGAAAAAUAUGGUCCUAUUGUGAGAUACGGUCCCAAUCGCUACAGUAUCAACGACGCCGAAGCAAGUAAAAUGAUAUAUGGUCAUGGCACACAAUUUCCAAAAUCUGUAUGGUAUUCCGCCUUCCAGCCGAACGAGAAAAUGUGGAAUAUCUUUUCGGAUCAGUCCAUAAAACGCCAUGCCUACAACCGGCGGCUUUAUACCCAUGCCUUUUCGAUGACGUCUCUCGUCAGUUAUGAACCUUAUCUGGAUGAAUGUGGCGAAAUCUUCUCCCAGAGACUGUUGGAGUUCUCAAAGUCAGGGGCUCCCGUUGAUCUUGGCCACUGGUUUCAAUGCUUUGCAUUCGAUGCGAUUGCGUAUGUCACAUACGGUAAACGUUUUGGCUUCCUAGACUGUGGUGUCGACAUCGGUGAGGUUAUCAAAAACUUGGACAACACCAUCGCUUAUUCGACUCUUGCUGGAAUAUAUCCAUCUUUCCAUCGGUACAUCGCGCCACUUCUCAUGAGUAUAACAUCAAUUACUGGGUCCAACCGGAUCAUGUACAUAAUGGAUUUCACACAGGAUCGGAUCAUGGAAGAACGAGCUUUUCCAAAGUCUGUUAUCAACUGCAACAAUGAAACGGGAGGAGCGGAGGUCAACGAAACAUUUUUGACGAAGUUUUUGGCUAAACACUCCGACGGCCCUGAUACUUUCACCAACUACCAUGUUCUAGUUGGAUGUGCAACCAACAUGUCUGCUGGCUCAGACACUACUGGUAUAAGCCUGUCAGCUAUUUUCUAUUACUUGUUAAAGGACCCAGACUGUUUAGAGAAGCUCCGUGCCGAAGUUCGCGAAUUUGAGAACCGGGGCGAACUGUCGAGAAAUCCAACAUUCAAGGAAGGACAAAAUAUGCCGUAUCUACAGGCUGUCAUUAAAGAAGCAUUGCGUAUCCACCCAGCAGUUGGCUUGCCACUGGAGCGGGUCAUACCUAAAGGUGGUGCUACGAUGGCAGGUCGUUUUUUCCCUGAAGGCUCGGUUGUCGGUAUCAACAGCUGGGUCCAGCAUCGCAACAAGGCUCUGUAUGGCGAAGAUGCGGAGCAAUUUCGCCCUGAACGAUGGCUCAUUAAUGAUGAAGAACGGCUGGCGGCAAUGAAUCGCAAUUGGAUGCCGUUUGGCAUGGGCUCCAGAACAUGUUUAGGCAAGAACGUGUCAAUAUUAGAGAUGACGAAGCUAGUCCCUAGGCUUGUCCGUGACUUUGAGUUCAAGCUUGAGGGAAAUGUAUCGCAAGUUGGGAGCUCUUGGAAGACCGAAAAUGCUUGGUUUGUGAAACCUCGAAACUUUUGUGUCAAAAUGCAACCUAGGAAGAUCAACAACUAG